GAUAUUAUAAUGAUCUGAUAAAUUUUAUUUAGCUGUCUAAUGCAAUCUCCUCCUUUAGUCGGGCCUGCGUGAACCAAAAAAAAAAAUUAAGAGAUUGAGUGCAUCACAGGACCGCUGAACUAUCUCGCGUCGCGUCUGCCUUCGUUCUCUCCCAAUUUUUCAUCGCUGAACGUUAGCCCUAACCUGCUCCGCAGCAUUUUCGGCUUUGCCUACCAUAUCUCCCUCCCGCUCCCUCUUUCAAUCACCGAGGGCACCCGAGGUUCUUACUCCCCACGCGCCAGUUCACUCUGCCGCAAACCACCGUUCCCGUCGGGCCUAAGGCAUAGGUCCAAAGAAAAGACAUGAACGCAUUCAAGGCCUUCAAAGCAUGUGUUCCAAUUGCGUGGAGCCCUAAUCUCUAUAUAACCUUGGUGAGGGGCAUUCCAGGAACCAGGAGACUUCAUAGGCGCACUUUAGAGGCAUUGCGUCUUCGCAAGUGCAACCGAACUGUCAUGAGGUGGAACACUCCUACUGUCAGGGGAAUGCUGCAACAGGUAAAGAGAUUAGUCGUGGUUGAGACAGAAGAGAUGUAUAAGGCCCGUAAACAAAAAGAGUUGAAGCACCGGGCUUUACGCCCACCUUUGGUCAUAAACCAUCUUCCUGCACCAGAAAAUUGCUCUGUUUAGCUUCCUGUUUUAUUACUUGGAGGGUUAGGGAAUAUCUGGCCAUCAAUGGACAUGCUUGGCAGAGAACAUGUUGUGGGUGUAGGAUUGUCUUGGUCCUCUUAUCGAUGAACACUUGAACAAACAAUUGAUCUAGUUACCGAUCCUGUUUAUUGUUAAUUACCAUUAGAUGUUUAAUAUUGGGUUGGUGUACAAUAAUGCAUAUGCAGAAGAUGAACCCUUUUUUGGUAACUGGUAUAUCUUUCAUUUUCUGCUGGUGUUGGAACUGUAGAGGUAACAUAGUUGAUCAUUUGCAGAUUUUGCUAGUUGAAAAGAGCACUUGAAGGCAUUUUCAUUCAAGCCUUCUUGCAGCAGAUAUUUGAA